UUAACAACAAUUAUCAUGCAAAAACUUUAAAAAUGAUAAUUGAAUUUCACAUUUUUUUUGGGAGCACAUAAUUUUAGUUCAUUCACAUAAAAAUGGAUCUCCAUAGAAUGAAUUCUCUUUUAUGCAGGUGAGUGAGCAUCAUGUGCACGAUUACACUGAAUUUGCAGAAAAACUGGCCACCAAAAUAAAGCAACUGUCUGCCCCAUUUUCUUUCUCUAAUUUGACUCUCUGGAGCUGGUAGCAGUAGCAGUGCCAUCAGCCUCAGCCAUCCCAUUUUCGAAAGGAAAAAAUAAAAUCGAAACAACGCAAGAAAAAGAAAAUGUCAAAACAGCAAAAGGAAAGCUCUGUGCCAAUCAUCAACACCAUCCUACGGGCCCAGGACAAAGAGGAAGAGAGGGAACUGGACCUGGGAUCCAACGAGCCUGACACGCCUUUACCUCUCACCGUUACUUCCCGGGUAUUGUAUAUGUUGGGAGAUAUAACGACGGGUCCGGCUCAUCGGUUUGCUCAAUGGCUGGAGUUGGUUCGUAAGAGAAGCGGGAAAUAUCGCACCUCUGGGUUCCCUCGCAGCCCUCUCGGACUUCAAAGCAUGCCCUCUGGUGCAGGAGAUUUUCUAGUUGAUGCAAAAAGUGAUCCGCCUCCUGAACAUGCUCCAGUGAUCAGUUUAUGGGAAAGGCUUGGUAAAGCUGCUGUCUUGGACAUUGAGCCAAGUUCAUUUUCCUGGCAAAUGCUCUCUUCACUCCACCACACUGAGCAUAGUAGUAGCACUGAACAAUCCGAGGAUGAAAUAAAUAAAGCACUUGAGGUAACUGUAAAUUCUGGGGGAGUUGUCUUCUUUGCAUUAUUCAACCAGCCUGGAAACAAUGAUUCUUCUUCUAACGAAGCGGCAGCUGUUAUAAAAUUUUCAUCUUCAAGAAUGGCCACACAAUCUGAACGCCUUGGUUAUGAAUUUGCAAAGUGGUUAGGAGUCCAAACUCCACAGGCUAGGGUCAUUCAUAAUUGCAGCACAGAGUGGCUCCAAAUUAAGGAAGCUGCAGAAAAAGCAAGAAUGACGGCAACAUCAGAAGGAGAUGAAGUUGUUGAAGUUACGUGUUCAGAACUUCUGGAAGCUCUUGAUCUUAGCCGAUGCCUUCUUCUGAUGAGUUAUAUUCAUGGAUCUCCUUUAUUGGAAAGCUCAACUACAUUUGAGUCGCGUGAAAUUGCAGAAAAAACUGCGGCAGCGCUUGGUCGGGUCUUGAUGUUGGACCUUGUCAUCAGAAAUGAAGAUAGAUUGCCUUGCCGAGAGCUCAGAUGGCGUGGAAAUACAGCAAACUUAUUGUUGGCUGAUAAAAUGAUCUCUGCGAACAUGAACGCAUUGGAGGAUGUUUUUGAUUCUGCAAUUGACCGAUACAGACCAAGGAUGACUAGAGCUCUUCAGAAAGAAAGAAGGGCAACUUCAGUGGAUAGUAGAUUGAACUCUCAUGAACCAGGAAUUGUAUCACAGGGCUCUGAUCUCUCUGAAGUCACGGAAUCUCCAAAAUCUAGCAACAAUAGCCUAAAAAGUCAAACAUCAAAUGAAUCAAUAUUCUCUGAGCUCCACAAGUUUCACAUUGUGGCCAUUGAUUCUGGUGUUCCUCGCCGGCCCCCUGCUGGGAAACGUGCAAAUGAUCAGGCAAAUUACCCUAAAUUGGUUGAGUUACUUCUCAACAGUUCUGAUUACUCCUCUAAUUUGUUGUAUGAAAUAACAGGAGGGAAACUAGGGUUUUCUUUGCAAGACACAAACACAACAGAUAUACGAGUGACUGAAAUUACUUCAGUUGUUCAGGAAUUUCGUAGUGGAUUUCGGGUUGCUCUUAGGGAUCUUCAAAAUUUCCAUAUAUUCCUUCUAACACUUCACCAAAAACUGGAUAGCUUGUUACGUGCAUUCUUAAACAUUUCAAAUAAAACUUCUGGGGAUUUUGACAGAGAAGAUAUGGUGGUUCCUGAGUCACCUUUGCAUGUAGGAGUUCAUUGUCCUUCUCCACCAAAACCAAGUAAGGACCGGUUCGUUAACGAUAUCCAUCAAGAUUUUAGUGAUUCAGAAUUGCAGAAAACAGCACCAAGAUCAUCAUCUUCAGGAAAUAAGGAAAGCUCAGACAUUCGUUCUCCCAUGUCCAGAGAAAACUGGCAUGGAAAGUUCUCCAAGGGAAAUGGAGAGCCCCUUCAUAGCCUUCGUUUGACGACAAAGCUUCGUGACAUCCAUAAGUUCGCCAAGAUUGAUACUGAAUCAAAUAAAGAACUGGAGCAAUGGAAUGAAAUGCUGAGAAAUGAUGCUAUCAAACUCUGUCAAGAGAACAAUUUCAAUACAGGAUUUUUCGAGGGCAAUGAUAACAACUGUGUUGUUGAUGCUUAUGAGUUGAAGGUCAGACUAGAACACAUCCUUGAGAGAAUAUCAUUGAUCUCUGAUGCUGGAAAUACCGAGAAACCAUCAUUGAUCACAAAUAGCUUGUUCAUUGGUGGGGCACUAGCUGCUAGAUCCAUUUAUACUUUGCAACAUGUUGGAAUUACACAUAUAUUGUGUUUAUGUGCCAAUGAAAUUGGACAGUCAGAUUCUCAGUACCCUGAUCUAUUUGAGUACAGAAAUUAUUCUAUAUGUGACAAUGAAGAUGCAAAUAUCAGCACUAUUUUUGAAGAAGCUUCUGAUUUUAUUGAUCGUGUUGAAUCAAUAGGCGGGAGGGUUCUAGUCCAUUGCUUUGAAGGGAAGAGUAGAAGUGCCACAUUAGUUCUUGCUUACUUAAUGCUCAAGAAGAACUUCACUUUAUUAGAAGCAUGGAAUGCCCUCAGACGAGUACAUCGCCGAGCUCAGCCUAAUGAUGGAUUUGCAAGAAGUUUAUUGGAUCUUGACCGGAAAUUGCAUGGGAAGGUGUCAAUGGAGUGGCAACAGCGGAAGCCAACGAUGAAAGUUUGUCCCAUCUGUGGGAAGAAUGCUGGUCUAAGCACCAGUUCGCUCAAGCUUCAUUUGCAAAAGUCGCAUAAGAAGUUAUCUUCAGGAAGUGUGGAUAGUGCCAUGACUAUGGAGAUACAAAAAGCUCUGGAUGCUCUAAAAAUGACUAGAGUUGGGAGUGUCAGCCCGACAGGGUCUUCUUCAGCUAUGGACUAGGAAUGGCAAUUUCUAAUCUUCCAUACAGUGAGGAAAAAAAAAAUUAAAGCAAUUAUAUAUAUAUAUAUAUAUAUAUAUAUAUAUAUAUAUAUAUAUAUAAAAUAAAAGGUCUGAUUCAUUAAAUUAAAGGCUACAACUUAGUUCGCAGAGAGGCCCAUGGCCCAAAAUACAAAGAACUUAGCUAUCAACCCUAGACUCAACCCAACAAGAGCAGAGGAGAAGAACGCCGCAGCUCAUCAGCCGAACUUUCAUCAGGGGAGGCUAAGCAUGCUGAGAGCAACGUUAGGGACCAUGCACGGCUGAAAGCUUGACCAAGAAGCCCCAAGCAAAUAUCGCUCAAGAAUUCGUGCAGACCGAUCUAGGAGUCUAAGAUCAACAAAGGAGUACAAAGGGUCGAAAAAUAGGAGUAAAUUGAAUGGGCUGCCUCUCGAUCUUUAUGGUUAUUUUAUUUUAGUCAUUUAAUUUUAUUGUUAAAUAAAAUCUCUUAACACUAUAAUUUUGUUUUAGAAAAAGUUCUCGUAAUCUGUAAUAACAAGUUCUUAGAUUAAAAUAAAAUUCUUUUUUUUAAUGAUUAAAUUAAUUAAUAA